AUGAGCUUGCAGGGCGUCGAGAUGAACUUGCGUGAUCCCUUGGCCUCCUAUCGCGCUCAGUACAAUAGGAGCUUAUUGCUCUUCGGACAGCUCACUCGCAGAGCGCAGGCUGUGGCCGCAGCUGCAGCGCCCCAUGUGGACACCGCAAUGGGACUUGACCCCGAAACAGCCUCCACAGUAUCAGCCUCCGCGGAGCGCCAUAGACUCAUUUCCGACAACGCGGGCGUCAGCUUCCAGGUAUUCGUGGAGUGGUUAGCGGAUCUGAUGCCCUUUCUGCUGCUGCUCUCCUGGGUGUUCAUCCUCGAGCACGCGGGAGUCCUGCUGCUGAUCUUGUUCCUGGCGGGGGGUACCUUCCAUGCCAACGCGGACAUCCGUCGGCUCAUCGCGCUGCGGCGGGAGGCGCUCGUGCGCACCUGCAUCAGCCAGGCGCUGACGGUGAUGCUGUUCACAGCGGCCUCUGUGCUGGCCACCCUGCCUGACACGCGACUGCUGAGGGCGCUGACGCUCAGGUCCACGCAGACAGCGAGUGCCGUGGACACGCUUCUUCUGGUCCUCCUGGCGGACAGCGUGCUGCGGUUCGGGAGCCUGGCUCCGAAGCUCAUGGUGGUGGCGUGGUUUAGGAGCCGGGGGCCAGGGGGAUCGGGUGCUGCGGCUGGGGCCGACGGCGGCAGCGGUGGCAGCAGCAGCCAUCUCAGCGGCGCGAGGCGGCAACGGCAGCAGGCGCGGGUCCUCACUGCGGUCGAGCGGGCGGUCGCUCUGUACCGCACGGUGCUUCCGGGGCCUGUGUGCAGGUACGGCUACCUGCUGCACGGAGGGGGCUUCCCGCCCGUCCUAGCGUCGCUGUUCUGCGGCUUCUACGUGGUGCUCAAGGCAUCUUACGUUUUUGCUCAGACGCGGCUGUUUGCGCUGGCGCUGAAGACCGCCACACGGCGGGGUGCGCUGUACGGGACGUAUAUGGGGCGGGUGGACGGUGGCGAGGAGGGAGGCUUCAGUGCGUGCCCCGUAUGCCAGGACCCCGUGAACACGCCCGUCCGUCUGGACUGCGGACACAUCUUUUGCGAAGAGUGCAUCUUGGAGUGGCUCGAGCGCGACCGCACCUGCCCCAUGUGCCGGGCGCAGGUCUUCUGA